CACCCGCUCGCAGUGUGUGCUUGAACGUAACAGUGUCCACUACUCCCGUGCAAGGACUUAAAGUUUAUAUAAUGUAUUCACGGUGUUUGAUAGUGCUAGCGGCCGCCCUCGGCGUGGCUCUUGGUCAAGAAUCCUUCAAAUGUCCCGAUGACUUUGGAUUCUACCCACACCACGUGUCUUGCGACAAAUACUGGAAGUGUGAUAAUGGUGUCGCUGAACUGAAGACCUGUGGCAAUGGACUCGCUUUCGACGCCUCCGACUCCAAAUACCUGACAGAAAACUGCGACUACCUCCACAAUGUUGACUGCGGUGACAGGUCACAACUUGAACCCCCAAUCUCAACUCCCCACUGCCAGAGACUGUACGGUAUCUUCGCUGAUGAAAAGAAAUGCGACGUAUUCUGGAACUGCUGGAACGGUGAAGCUUCCCGCUACCAGUGCAGCCCCGGACUUGCCUACGACAGAGAGGCACGCGUCUGCAUGUGGGCCGACCAGGUUCCCGAGUGCAGAUCUGAGGAAGUAGCCAAUGGCUUCGCUUGCGCAAACCCCGGUGAGGUGGCCAACGCUGGCUCCUUCAGCCGUCACGCUCACCCUGAGGACUGCCGCAAGUACUACAUCUGUCUCGAGGGAACUGCUCGGGAGUACGGUUGCCCCAUCGGUACCGUCUUCAAGAUCGGCGACUCUGACGGCACUGGAAACUGCGAAGACCCCGAAGAUGUUCCCGGAUGCGAGGACUACUAUGGCGAUUUGGAUCUGAAGUCGAUCCGCAAGAGCGAACUCCUUGCCGGACUCCAGAGCGACGGCCAGUCCCGCCAGACACAGCCAAAGCAGCUUAAACCCCGCCCCCAGAAGGAGAACUAAAUCUUAACUCCCUCCCUCUUAAACCUUUAAUACUCACAUUUUUACUUUAAAUUACUUCGCGCAUUAAAAACAACGAGCACAUACAGUGUACAGCACAGUCUGAAUAUAAAUUUGAAAAUUUAAACAGAAAAAAAGUUGUUUUCGACGCGCGGGGAUAUUGUUCCAAGUUUAAAUUUGAAUUUCGAAUUGUUAAGUGUGUGAAGCCGAUUGAUUUGUAUUCAUUUCUAGUUGCCAAAUAAUUUUCUCGUUGUAGCCUUAACAGAACAAUUUUUCGUAGGCGGAUUAGAAAGUUAAUAGAAAGUUUACAGCGUUAGUAAUAUUUAUUUUAUAUUGUAUCUUAGCUCUCAUAGUGCUCUGUAAGUCACUCUACCGGUGGACUUAGUCUGUGCCCGGUGAUAAUUCCGCUGGAAAUUAUAAAAUAAUAAAGACUAGGAUAUAUUAUAUGUAUAAAUAUAUAAAUUUGCAUUUAUAAAGUCCAGUGUAAAUUGAUACGUUUCCAUUUCAAUCAAUCCACGACCUUGUAAAUAAUCUAUGUAUUGAAUUAUCUCGCUGCGACUGAGUGUUGUUGUUUGAUAAACAAUCUGUAAUUACUUAAGUUUUACAUUUAGUGAUAAAAUAAAGAAAACAUUUAAAAAUUAAACCUU